GUGCGUACUAUCAACAAUGGCGGGAAGUGAAGAGGACUCGGAAAUUUUAGAAAACACAGUUGACAAGGACAGCCAGCAAGAACAAAAUGCUGAUAGGUCAGAGCGUGUUGUAAAAAUCCCUAUGGCUAGAAUAAAAAGUUUAAUGAAAUGGGAUCCAGAUGUUACCCUUGCCAGUCAAGAGGCGGUGGUUGCGAUAGCCAAAGCAACGGAAUUAUUUGUGGGAAAUCUUGCCAAAGAAGCAUACCUAUAUACAGCACAAGGCAAAAGGAAAACUGUACAGAAGAAAGAUUUGGAACAAGCAAUAGACAGUGUUGAUGGACUUGCUUUUCUAGAAGGAGCUUUAGAAUCAUGACAUCAGAAUCUUCAUUAAAAAGAAAAGAAAAACAUUUGCAGUUCUUAAUGGGUACAUUGCGCCAAAAGAAAAGGCUAUUCUCAUUUGAAAUGAUGCUGUAUUAUAAGAGAUCAAACAAUUCUCAAAGAAGAGUCCCUAAAGUUUUUGCUGAUUGCUGGACAAGGACUUGUCACAGUUGAUUUGAUGCAGGUUGAGCAGGAAAAUGGCAUAUAAUGCACCAUGGAUAGAUGAAAAUGAGACAGAUUCUUAUUUUUUGUACCUUGUUUACUAUUUUAUAAAAGUCUCUGCGGUACAAAUGUUUGUAAACAAACCAAAAUUGUGUAAACAAAAUUUCAACUGAUUUUGCAAGAUUAUUAUUGUGAUUAGUUGACUUUGUAAUGUGAAUAUAAAAUCGAAUGUUUUCAUUAAAAUCAAGGAACCAAUUACAACCUGAAAAUAAAAAUGUGAGUAGUACA